AUGCUGUCAAGUAGGAGCAGCCUUCAGUGUUCAACAACCAACCCCAAGGGCAGUUUUCCAUUAGGCCCUUUCCCAAGACACAUUUGGAUCCAUCACAAUACGCCUCAGGACAGUUUGGAUAAAGCUUGCCAUGAGAUCUGGAAAAGAGUCCAAGGUCUCCCGGAGGAACUCCAACCCAGGUCCUCAUCACCACUUCUCCAAGUGAGCUGCCACCCCAUUCCAUCUUCUGAGGCCCUCCAAGAGGAUAACAGUAGUACCAGCAGCAGCUCCCAAAAGGAAUCUUUGGAAAGCAGCAUUUGUAAAGAUGAAAUAUCUCUGCUGGUUGAGCAAGAAUAUUUAAGCCUCACCCAGGAGAAUGCAACUGACCUGGAGGCACAAAGAUCUGAUGAGGAGAAGGUGCCCUCAGCUGCUCCAUGCAAUGCUUCAAAUAAUAACCUCGCCAUAGCUUCUGAUGAAGACCAGGCAUUAGAAGAUAGGGAUGCGAUGGAAAAUGUCUACAGAGCACUCACUGGAAGCAAAAGAGAGGUGAAACUGAGAUCUAUCUGUGAUGCUCAACUCUCUACCAACUCCACCGUCACAGGCAUCUUGCUCCCUGCGAAACUGAUCUACAAGAAUACCAAAAGUACAGAAAGUGGAAACAGUAACCCCGUGAGUUCCAACACUCAGAUUGCCAAACUCUUAGCCCAGUUCCCUUUGAAACGUGUUGAGACUGUCAAAAGCAUGGACAACAAGGGGUUGACUGAAGAAACCAAGUCAGCCAAAGAUAUCCUUCAGAAUAAUGCCUUUGGAUCUGCACCUCACAAGGACAACAUCAUGAGACCACCAUCCAUCAUGACAAUGGUGGAAAGUCAGGGAUCUGGGCCAAAAAAGCAACUCCCCGUAUUUGCCAAGAUCUGUUCAAAAAAUGAGCAUGAACUGGUUGCUGAUGGUCUCUGCCUAAGUCAUGGACCAUCAGGAGCCUUUGAUAAGAACAACAUUAAGUAUAGUGGCAAUGUGUUCACCCCACGGUUUGCCACCACUUCGACCACCACCUCGCUAAAGCAGACCAUGUGGCUCAGCCUGAACUACCCUCCGCCUCCGCUUUUUCCAAACCAUUCCAAUUUCCCUCAAUAUCAGAGCUUGUAUCAGCAAAGAGCACGGAUCCCUUACCAGCAGACGCUACAUCCUCAGCUGGGAUGCUAUUCCCGACAGGUGACGCCAUACAAUCCUCAGCAAAUCUUCCGCUCACCUUACACACCAGUGCUUAGCUACAUCCCACUGGUUCAGCCUGGCUACUCCUAUCAGCAGAGGAACCCAACCAAGCCAUCAAAUAAUGUGCGGGAUCCUCAAGCAAUGGCAGGUGAUGGGCCCCAGUACCCAUUUUCUCCUUCUUAUGGGUUCACAUCUACCACGGCAGGACCUGUCAGGACCAAUCCUUAUUUCUCUUCGAAUUGAGGUGGCAACAGUUUUUAAAAUCUAUCGCUUUUUGUCAUUUACUUCAAUAUUUGAACAUCACUGUG